AUGUUUUCUCUACGAAUUAUAUUACUUGGUCUUUUCAUCUCGACUUUCUACUUAUCAUCUGACGCAAAAAAACACACGCGAACAUCUGGCAAAACAUUACACAGUCAAGAACCUGUUGUUCAACUUAAAAAUGCUGUACAUGGAAAAGUAUUUAUGCCUGUUAUGGGAUUAGGUACUAAAGGAGCUGGUCUAUUAGAUGGUACGGGUGGUGAAUAUUGGGGAAAUGAACAAGGUCACAAUGCCACUCUUGCAUGGCUAAAAGCAGGUGGUAGACGCAUUGACUCUUCCAGCGACUACAUAACACAAGAUGGUGUUGCUACAGGGUGGAUAGCCAGUGGAGUACCUCGCUCUAAGAUAUUCAUUACAUCCAAGAUAAUGUCAAUUGGUUACGAUGAAGCCUUAAAAACUUUUGAUGAUAUUCUUGCAUCUUUAAAAACUGAUUAUAUUGAUCUUCUUCUUAUACAUUGGCCUGGCGAUAAACCAGGUACUGUAACUAAACCAGUUCCUGCUUGUAAAAAGGAUAAAUCAACAUGGACUGAUUGUCGUGUACAAACAUGGAAAGCAUUAGAACAUUUAUUCAAACAAAAAAAGGUUCAUGCUAUUGGUGUAAGCAAUUUCGGAGUCAAUCAUUUAUUAGAAAUUUUCAAUUUAAAUUCUUUAAUACCUAGUGUCAAUCAAGUUGAAUUUCAUCCUUAUUGGCAUGAAGAUGAACUUCUUGAUUUUUGUCAAAAGAAUAAUAUUACAUUUAAUAGUUAUGCUCCACUUGCUUCUGCUGAUCAUGCAACAUUCUUAGGAACUUCAUGGAAUCCUAUUCCUGAUUUACGUCAACACCCUGAUGUUAUUCGAAUUGCAGAGAAAUAUCACAAAUCAUCAGUGCAAAUCUUACUUCGUUGGCAAUGGCAACAAGGCAUCGUCAUGAAUCCUCGUACACUUAAUCCUGCUCAUAUGAUAGAAAAUUUGUCUAUAUUUGAUUUUAAAUUGAGUAAACAAGAUAUGAUGAUUCUUUCUUAUAUUAAUCAUCCAAUGAGCAAGAUGUUUCCUGAUCCACGAUUAAUUCUCUAA